GUCCCCAUGGGUUCUGACAUCUUCCUCGCACUGGGCAGGGCUGCUGCUGCAGGAGAUGACCAUGGCAGGGCUGCAUGAGCUGCGCUUCACCGAGGAGAAGCCGCUGCUGCGGGGCCAGGAUGCUGAGCUGGAGAACUCGGAUGUCUUCCUCUCCACUGUGGACACAGACUGGAAGGAACAUGACAUUGAGACCCCCUACGGGCUGCUGCACGUGGUCAUCCGGGGCUCGCCAAAGGGGAAUCGCCCGGCCAUCCUGACAUACCAUGAUGUGGGCCUCAACCACAAGCUUUGCUUCAACACCUUCUUCAACUACGAGGACAUGCAGGAGAUCACGAAGCACUUUGUGGUGUGCCACGUGGAUGCGCCGGGCCAACAGGCAGGAGCCUCGCAGUUCCCUCAGGGGUACCAGUACCCAUCCAUGGACCAGCUGGCUGCCAUGUUACCCAGCGUGGUGCAGCAUUUUGGGUUCAAGUACGUGAUUGGGAUCGGUGUUGGGGCAGGAGCCUACGUGCUGGCCAAGUUUGCGCUCAUCUUCCCCGACCUGGUUGAAGGACUGGUCCUCAUGAAUAUCGACCCCAACGGCAAAGGCUGGAUUGACUGGGCAGCUGCCAAGCUCUCUGGCCUCACCAGCACGCUGCCGGACACUGUCCUGUCCCACCUGUUCAGCCAGGAAGAGCUGGUGAACAACACGGAGCUGGUGCAGAGUUACCGGCAGCAGAUCGGCAGUGUGGUGAACCAGUUCAACCUCCAGCUCUUCCUCAACAUGUACAACAGCCGCAGGGACCUGGACAUCAACCGGCCUGGGACUGUGCCCAAUGCCAAGACACUGCGCUGCCCUGUGAUGCUGGUGGUUGGAGACAACGCGCCUGCUGAAGAGGGGGUGGUGGAGUGUAACUCCAAGCUGGAUCCCACCAACACCACCUUCCUGAAGAUGGCUGACUGUGGUGGGCUGCCCCAGGUCACACAGCCCGGCAAGCUGACCGAAGCCUUCAAGUACUUCCUGCAAGGCAUGGGCUACAUGCCAUCUGCCAGCAUGACCCGCCUGGCACGCUCCCGCACGGCAUCCCUCACCAGUGCCAGCUCGGUGGAUGGCACCCGCCCACGUGCCUGCACCCACUCGGAGAGCACCGAGGCCAUGGGGCAGAUCAACCACACCAUGGAGGUAUCGUGCUGAGGUCCACGCCAGCCGCCGACGUCUCCAGACCCAUCUCCUAUCCGUCAGCAUCCCGCCAGCACCCACCCACCCCACGGACAUCCUCCACGUCCACCCUCACU